AACACUUUCAUCUCUUCUCUUCUGUGAGUCUCCUCUUUCCUUCCAUCUGGUUGGAGAUCUUGGGCUCACGCAGAAGACAAGCAGCAGAAUCAGAGAUAAGUCUGUAUUAAUGGGGUUGCCCUUCUCAUCCGGGACCAGAUCCAUCUCUAAGCUCAACAGCUUUCCCAUUUUGCUUCUGUUUCUCCUUUCCAUCUUCAGCUUUACUUCAACAGAAGCCUAUGAUCCCCUUGAUCCCACUGGAAAUAUCACAAUCAAAUGGGAUCUUAUUGGCUGGACUCCUGAUGGUUAUGUUACUGUUGUUACGAUGUACAACUUCCAACAAUAUCGUCACAUUCAAGCACCAGGAUGGCAAUUGGGAUGGACAUGGGCAAAGAAGGAAGUGAUCUGGAGUGCAAUGGGAGGCCAAGCCACAGAACAAGGGGACUGUUCGAGGUUCAAAGCGACUACUCCACAUUGCUGUAAGAAGGAUCCAACAAUUGUCGAUUUAUUGCCAGGAACUCCUUACAACCAGCAGAUUGCGAAUUGCUGCAAAGGGGGAGUAAUCAAUUCAUGGGCCCAGGAUCCUGCCAAUGCAGCAAGCUCAUUCCAGCUUAGUGUCGGUCAAGCAGGAACCACUAACAGAACCGUUAGAGUGCCAAAGAACUUCACACUUAAGGCACCGGGACCUGGGUAUACGUGUGGUCCUGCAAAGAUUGUGAAACCGACUAGAUUUGUAUCAGCAGAUCAAAGGAGGGCCACUCAAGCAUUGAUGACAUGGAAUGUUACCUGCACAUAUUCUCAGUUCCUGUCUCAGAAGACUCCCACUUGCUGUGUCUCGCUUUCUUCCUUCUAUAAUGACACAAUAGUGCCCUGUCCAACAUGCACCUGUGGCUGUAUGAACAAUAUAACUCAUCCAGGGAGCUGUGUAGAGGGGAACUCGCCAUAUUUAGCUUCAGCUAUUGCAGGUUCAGGAAAAAAUAGCUAUACUCCUCUGGUCCAAUGCACUAACCAUAUGUGCCCGAUCCGGGUUCACUGGCAUGUUAAGCUUAAUUACAAGCAGUAUUGGCGAGUGAAGAUCACAAUUACAAAUUUCAAUUACAGGAUGAACUACACACAGUGGAACUUGGUCGUACAACACCCAAAUUUUGACAAUCUCACCCAGCUUUUCAGUUUUAAUUACAAAUCAUUGACUCCUUAUGGUGCCAUAAACGACACUGCCAUGCUGUGGGGGGUUAAAUUCUACAAUGAUUUGCUUAUGCAAGCUGGCCCUCUAGGGAAUGUACAGUCAGAGCUACUAUUCCAGAAGGACCCAUCAACUUUCACUUUUGAUAAGGGAUGGGCUUUCCCUCGGCGUAUUUAUUUUAAUGGUGAUAACUGUGUCAUGCCACCACCAGAUGCCUAUCCAUGGCUGCCAAAUGCCAGUAGUCGGCCAGUUAUCUCCUUGCUUUGUUCUAUCACUGCCUUGCUGGUAUCGUUGGCUUUCUUAUUGUCUUAUGACUACUGAACAAUAUCAAGGUCGUACUGCAAAUACCAACUGGAUAAGAUCAUCUGAAGCUUAUGACACAUUAGUCGAUGGCCUGUUCCGGAACUACAGAUUCAAAGUGGGUUCAGGUGCGCUGUAACUGUGGGAACAAAAUUUCAUUCUGUUUUCUGUAUUGACGAGCUGAAUUCACUGCCAAUUCUGUAUGUUAAGCUGUUGUAUCGUAUUUUUAUUUAUACAGUUAGUCAUAUUGUCUGUAAGAGAUCCAUAUCAGAAUUGUUCUUCUCAUUGUAAUGAUUCACAGGGAUACCAGAAAUAAUAUAUUGUUUUGAUCUUAGAAUUA